GUCUCAGCUCUGUCCAUUAGAAUGAGUGAUCCGGCUGUAAAGAAGGUGGUGAGUGAUAUCAUUCGUUCUCCAGAAGACAAACGGGAGUAUCGAGGACUUGAGUUUUCAAAUGGGCUGAAAGCCAUUCUCACCAGUGACCCCACCACUGACAAAUCAUCAGCCGCGCUGGAUGUCCACAUAGGUUCUUUGUCAGAUCCCAAGAACAUUUCAGGAUUGGCCCACUUCUGUGAGCACAUGCUGUUUCUAGGGACUGAGAAGUACCCCAAAGAGAAUGAGUACAGUCAGUUUUUGAGCGAGCACGCCGGCAGCUCUAAUGCCUUCACCAGUGGAGAGCACACUAAUUACUAUUUUGACGUAUCCCAUGAGCAUCUACAAGGGGCUUUGGACAGAUUUGCCCAGUUCUUCCUCUGUCCGCUGUUUGAUGAGAGCUGUAAGGACCGAGAGGUGAACGCAGUGGAUUCAGAACACGAGAAGAACCUCAUGAAUGACGCAUGGCGGCUUUUUCAGUUGGAGAAAGCCACUGGGAACCCCAAACAUCCUUUUAGCAAGUUUGGCACUGGCAACAAGUUAACCCUUGAGACAAGGCCAUCUAAACAGGGCAUCGAUGUCCGUGAGGAGCUGCUCAAGUUUCACUCCACCUACUAUUCCUCCAACUUGAUGGGAUUAUGUGUGCUGGGCAGAGAGUCGCUGGAUGAUUUGACAUCUAUGGUGGUGAAGCUUUUUGGAGAGGUUGAGAACAAGAAUGUCCCUCUCCCAGAAUUCCCAUCACACCCUUUUCAGGAGGAACACCUGAGGCAAUUUUAUAAAGUCGUGCCUAUUAAGGACAUUAGAAACUUGUAUGUGACCUACCCUAUCCCAGACCUGCAGAAGUACUACAAAUCAAAUCCAGGUCAUUAUCUGGGCCAUCUGAUUGGACAUGAGGGUCCAGGGAGUCUUCUGUCUGAGCUCAAAGCUAAAGGAUGGGUGAACACGCUAGUCGGAGGCCAGAAAGAAGGAGCCAGGGGAUUCAUGUUCUUCAUUAUUAAUGUGGACUUGACCGAAGAGGGGCUGUUGCAUGUCGAGGAUAUCAUCUUCCACAUGUUCCAGUAUAUUCAGAAGCUGCGGACAGAGGGCCCUCAAGAGUGGGUCUUUCAGGAGUGUAAGGAUUUGAACACUGUGGCUUUCAGAUUUAAGGAUAAGGAACGUCCUCGUGGAUACACGUCUAAAGUGGCUGGACUAUUGCGUGUAGCACCAAGGGUUGCUGUUGUCUCCAAAUCAUUUGAAGGACAGACGGACCGGACUGAGGAGUGGUACGGCACACAGUAUAAACAGGAAGCCAUUACUAAUGAGGCUAUUAAGAAAUGGCAAGAUGCAGACCUCAAUGGAAAGUUCAAACUGCCAGUGAAGAAUGAAUUCAUUCCAACAAAAUUUGAGAUUUAUCCUCUAGAGAAGGAUUCCCCAUCUGUCCCCACUUUGAUAAAGGAUACAGCGAUGAGCAAAGUUUGGUUCAAACAGGAUGACAAGUUUUUCCUACCCAAAGCUUGUUUAAACUUUGAGUUUUUCAGUCCGUUUGCAUACGUGGACCCAUUGCAUUGUAACAUGGCAUAUUUGUACCUUGAGCUGCUCAAGGAUUCCCUGAACGAGUAUGCAUAUGCAGCCGAGCUAGCCGGCCUGGGCUAUGACCUUCAGAAUACCGUCUAUGGGAUGUAUCUGUCAGUCAAGGGUUAUAAUGACAAACAACACAUCUUGCUGAAGAAGAUCAUUGAGAAAAUGGCCUCGUUUGAGAUCGAUGAGAAGCGCUUUGAUAUCAUUAAGGAAGCGUACAUGAGGUCUCUGAAUAACUUCCGCGCUGAGCAGCCUCACCAGCAUGCCAUGUAUUACCUGCGGCUGCUCAUGACUGAGGUGGCCUGGACCAAAGACGAACUCAGAGAUGCUCUGGAUGAUGUGACGUUUUCUCGACUGAAGGCGUUCAUACCGCAGCUGUUGUCACGGUUACACAUUGAAGCCCUGCUGCAUGGCAAUAUCACCAAACAGUCUGCUCUGGGCAUGAUGCAAAUGUUGGAGGACACUCUCAUUGAGCAUGCUCACACUAAACCCCUACUACCGAGUCAGCUAAUUCGCUACAGGGAAGUGCAGGUACCUGACGGUGGCUGGUAUGUUUACCAGCAGAGGAAUGAGGUUCAUAAUAACUGUGGAAUCGAGAUUUACUAUCAGACUGACAUGCAGAACACCCAUGAGAACAUGCUGCUGGAGCUCUUCUGUCAAAUCAUCUCUGAGCCAUGCUUCAACACGCUACGCACCAAAGAACAGCUGGGUUACAUAGUGUUCAGUGGCCCCCGCAGGGCUAAUGGAGUGCAGGGUCUGCGUUUCAUCAUCCAGUCUGAAAAGGCUCCUCACUACCUGGAGUCUCGAGUGGAGGCCUUCCUCAAGACCAUGGAGAAGAGUGUGGAGGAGAUGGGCGAGGAAGCGUUUCAGAAACACAUCCAGGCACUGGCCAUUCGCCGUCUCGACAAACCCAAGAAGCUGGCGGCUGAAUGCGCCGAGUACUGGGGAGAAAUCAUCUCCCAACAGUACAACUUCGACAGGGAUAAUAUUGAAGUGGCUUACCUGAAGACACUGACAAAGGAACAUAUUAUGAAGUUUUACAGGGACUUGUUGGCCAUUGAUGCCCCCAGAAGACACAAAGUGUCUGUGCAUGUGCUGUCUAGAGAGAUGGACUCCUGUCCACUGGUUGGAGAGUUUCCUGCUCAAAAUGAUGUCAAUCUGGCUCCUGCCCCAUCACUUCCUCAGCCGUCACUGGUUCAGGAUAUGACUGAAUUCAAAAGGAGUCUGCCGCUGUUCCCUCUCACCAAACCUCACAUCAAUUUCAUGGCUGCCAAACUGUGACCAGCAUCAUGGGAUAGUCAGAGACGACCAAAUAUGGAGCCAGUAACGUCGUCUUUGCGUGAGUGUGUUUGUGUGUGUGUAAGCAGGCAGGGCCACGACGGUGCCGCUUGCAGCAUUUUUAGUUGUGCUCUGCGUCAGACAUGCACACCUGAUAUCUAAUAGAUACUAAGAAAACAUACAAUGUUUGUUUCAUGUUGCUUCUGUCAGAAAAUUUGUAUCCCUAUAUAAUAUAGGAAUCACUCGCUGGCCACGAUGACACUUUUUCAUUGUUCGGUUUCAUUUCAUUUACACCAAUUAAGCAAAACCACGAGAAAGCGUUUGGAGAGGCUGUUGUGUAAUUUAUCAAGAUAAGUCUCUCCUGAAAUGAAAUACUGGCCUUAAGAUGAUUUUAAUCAGUGAUCAGGUUUUCUGGCACCUUUUUAAAAGUUUAAUUUAAACAAUUUGCUUGGAGUUGUUUUUAGUUUCUGUGCAUGUUGGCAGAGUUUUAUCUUUAAGGAUAGUGUUGUAAAUGCAAGGUGGUAAACUUGAUGGACUUUGAUUUUAUUUGCGUUUGAAGAAAUAUCAUAAUAAACCAUUUUUAAUAUCAU